AUGUGUUAUUAUGUUCAUACGGCAUUUGUUUUCAAUGUUUUGGACGGCGAACGUCUUUGUACGAGUAAACAUGUGAAUAGUACACUUGUUAAAUUUGCUUCUCAUGAAUGGGGAAAUAUUAAUACGACGCGAUUUCUUGGUCGAAAAUUUGAUGAUGUGCUACUUGAAUCUUUCUAUUAUCAAUUAGAAAAACGAUUAAUAGCUGAAUCAGAAAAUGAAACAAAUCAAAAGCAUUGGUUACGAUUAUUACUUGGAGAUAGCACUGAUCAAAAUGAUUGUGUUUUACGUUAUUUUAUUCGUUCAUCGGGUGCAUUUACUAUUUUACAUCGAUGUACGGAUGGUGGCCAUCCUGUUUGUCAAUGUGAACCGAUAAAAAAUAAUAUUUCAGUAAUAAUACCGAUCAAUGAAACUCAAAUUCAUGCCAGUCAAAUUAAAAAUAAUUCAUCAGAAAUAGAUGUUCAAAUUGAAUCAUCAACAAUAGAAAUUACUUCAACAAUUGUAUUGAAUUCUACUAAUCAAUUGAUCGUAUUAAAUGAAACACUGACACCAAUUUGUAAUAAUUGUACGAAUUUAAUCGCCGAUGAAGAUCUUCUCAAUAAUGAGACUACUAUCGAAUGUCAAAUUAAUAUUAGUCUAUUAGCAAUGAGGAAAACUCAACAAGUUAAAUAUCGAUCAUUUACGAUUAUUGUUACUUGCUUAUUAGCAAUAUUUGUCGUUUCCAUCAUAGGCAUCUGUCUCCUUGUUCGUUAUAUUCGACAAACUUGUGGAUCGUACUCAAUGUGUAUUGGUAACAAAGAUCUGUCGAACCCAUCCAUCAUUCCAGUAUCACGUGAGAUAUCGAAUAGACACGUUGUCAUUUACAAUCGAUUGAGAUCACAUCCACCGUCGGCAACAAUUGAUGCGGAUAUAGUACAUGUAUUUAGUAAUCCUAAUUCACAUGACGAUACUAUUCAACUUCUACCGCAGUCAAUAAAUCAUACAAUGCCACAUGAAAAUCUCCUAACAAAAGAUGAAGAAGAACCGUUAUAUGCAAGACUUCCAUCGGUGAAUGAAAAGUGA